AUGCGGCUUACUCUUAUGCCCUUGCAGCACCCCUAUACAUUUAUUACUCUCCUAUCUGUCUUCGGGUCUCUCUUCCAUGUGGAAAAUAGCAAGAAAGCUAAGGGUCUUGAUAUCCGAAUGCUAGCCUUGAUAGGCCGGAAAGGUGUGUUUCAGAUCGCGAGAAGAAAGCGUGCUUUCGAGAAGCGCUGGUCCCCUUCGGUCAAGUUGCUUGUGCCCGUUGUUACCUACCAUAGGACCUCCGUCCCCGAAGCGAAGAAAGAGGAGCAGGAACAACAGGUUGUCCUCUCCCGGCCCAGUAGUUCCGCAACUACUACCGUGGUUGUUGCCAACGGGGAUCCCCCAUUCCGAAAGGUUACUAGGCCGGCCGUUAGGUCAAAAGUUGUAUGCCACUGCUAUGGUGCCGAUAGAUUCACUACUUCAGCGCCGUUAUCGGACAUUGCAGGCUGA